UUUGUUCUGUAGGUAAAACAGUUUUAAAACCUAGAAAAUAUUAUUUUUCUAAUUUAUAUAAAAUAUUGACUAGUUAAAUUGAUUGAAAUCGUUUGUUGUGAAUUUUCAGCAUUUAUUGUAAAUUUAUUUGGAAGUGUAUAAGAUAUUUUAAUGUGAUUUUGUGCAAAACAAAUAAUUUGACCAACUUGCUGUUGUGGAAGUUAUACAUCAAAAAAUUAUCUGUCUUCCAGCGGUUCACUGAAUAUAAAAUGGCUAAAAAUAUAAUUACAAAAAUUGCAGUUUUAAAAAGUAUUUAAAAUCUUGUUUAAAUAUAUAAAAACCCAUAGUUCUAAUUUUCUGCUGAUUUGUAUACAAAUCGCAAUGUCACGGUUAGCAGAUUAUUUUGUAAUUGUUGGUUACGAUCACGAAAAAGAAAGAAGCGGAGCUAGUAAUGGAAAAAUAUUGCAAAGAUUUCCAAAAAAAGAUUGGUCAGAUACACCAUUUAUUCAGGGCAUCGAAUGGUUUUGCCAACCGUUAGGAUGGAGUUUAUCAACAGAACGACAGGAACCCAGAUUUUUUGUUUCGGUUUUAACUGAUAUUGAUGCUAAUCGGCAUUAUUGUGCUUGCUUAUGUUUUAAUGAAACUGUCGCUAUAAAGCCUAACAAACCAGUUGAUGAAGAAGAAGAAAGUAUUUCAUCGGCGCACUUGCUUGUGUUGGGAGCAACAGCUACAAUUAGCCAUCAUAGUGUUAUGUAUGCCCCAAAAUGUUUGGUUUUGGUAUCGAGACUUGAUUAUACAGAAACAUUUCGGAAUUGUCUUGGCACUAUUUAUACUGUUUAUAUAGAAAACUUGCCAUUUUCUUUAGAAACACUUAUCGGCAAUAUCCUUGGAUGUAUAAAAGUUCCAUCGCCAGGAGGACCGCAAGUACGUUUUUCAAUAGGUGCAGGAGAUAAACAGGCUUUGCAGCCACCGCUGUCAAAUACUUUACCUGUAACAGGAACAUGUGUUAGCUUUUUGUUCAAGCAACUUGGAAUUACAAAUGUUCUAGUAUUAUUUUGGGCUGUUAUGACAGAACAUAAAAUUUUAUUUCACUCCAAAAGUUUUUCACGACUAACAGAGAGCUGCAGAGGAUUAUCCGCUCUAAUAUAUCCGUUUCGAUACAGUCACGUGUAUAUUCCAAUUUUGCCAGCAUCUUUAAUAGAGGUUUUAUCAACUCCAACUCCAUUUAUAAUGGGUGUUCACAGCUCUCUCCAAAACGAAAUUGAAGAUUUAUUGGAUAUUAUUGUGGCUGACUUAGACGGAGGCUCCAUUUUUGUACCGGAAUCUUUGGCCCCACCUAGUUCUACAUUUUCAUCGUUAUUAUGGGAAACAACACAACAAGCAUUAACAUUUGUAUUGCAGCCAGAGCUUGCUCAAGCAGAUUUGGCAUUCAACUCGUCUUUUGUAAAUUUAAAUAAAGAUGUACCAAAUCAUAUCAUGUUAGAUAAAAAAAUUAGAGCGGUCUUCAUGAGAUUUUUCGCUCAACUUCUGCAAGGAUACCGAUCAUGCUUAACUAUUAUCCGAAUUCAUCCAAAACCUGUAAUUACUUUUCACAAAGCAGGAUUUUUAGCUGGGCGAAAUUUUACAGAAUGCGAUUUUUUAUCGAAAGUUUUAGAUAGUAUGUUUUUUACUGGUUUUGUAAAUGAAAGGGGACCACCGUGGAGAACAUGUGAUGCAUGGGACGAACUUUACAGUUCAAUGAGCGAUUUGAUAAAAUCUGAAGCGAAUGAUCAUGACUUGAUAUUUAGCCAUGUACAAGAGUUAGCACAAAUAUUAUACACAAACGAAAAUCCAAAUUCACAAAUAUAUCCGCAGAAAGUAUUAAAACCUCCAGAAGGUGCAUUCGCACGAAUUCAUCAGCCUCCCAUGCCAAACAUUGCGUCAGAACAAGUUGAGUCUAUCAUAUCAGAGGGAAUGGCAAAAAAUAAUCUUCAGUCAAGAUUACAAACUUUACGAAAUCCUCCUCGAAUAGUACCUAUAGGACCAAAUUUACAAAGCAUUUCAGAUGCACAUUCCGUUGUUUUAAAUACUACUAGACGUCUCGAAGUAUUACGUACAUGUAUUAACUAUAUUUUUGAAAAUAAAAUUUCAGAUGCAAGAAAAAUUUUCCCGGCUGUUAUGAGAACGCUAAAACAGAGAGAUGCUAGAUUAACAUUAUGUCGGGAGUUAAGCAGAACUAUUCAUGGAAAUAAAGCAGUUUUGGAUAGUCAGCAAUUUGAUUUAAUUGUUAAGUUAAUGAAUAAAGCACUUUCUGAAGAAACGAAUUUAGACGAACACGGUGUUGCUGCUCAACUUUUACCUCUUUCAAAUAUAUUUUGUCGAAAAUUAUGUACGGGAGUUAUGCAGUUUGCUUACACUUGCAUUCAAGAUCAUCCAGUAUGGAAAAAUUUACAAUUUUGGGAGGCAGCAUUUUACCAGGAUGUUCAAACGCAAAUUAAGGCUUUAUAUUUACCAAAAAUACAAUUUGAACAUAAUUCAAGUUCUAGAUAUAAAGAUUCACGCAGUCCAACAUCAAGUCUUGAUUUAAGUAAUUAUACUUCUUUUGUUAUAUCCAAAGUUCAAGAACCUUCUGCAUUAGAAAUUGCUGCUGAGCAGACUAGACUAAGUAGUAAUAUGGAACCAUUGAAACAGAAGGAACUGAUACAGUGUGAGGAAUCAACAUUAUAUAGUCAAGCAAUACAUUACGCAAAUCGUAUGGUGGCUUUACUAAUUCCAUUAGAAGUAAAUGUUCGUAAUAAACCUCAAAAGCUUGAUCAUCAUCACGAAGAUGAUACCAGCGUUUCCAAUAGUGUUAUCGAGUCUAGAAGUCGAAGCGAACAUUCAGACGAAGGUUUCGACGAAGCUGAUCCAUGUGACGUUGAAAAUUCUGUAACCAAGAUAGUAUCCCGUUUUAUUGAUAGAGUUUGUACUGAGGGGGGUGUCACGCCGGAACAUGUACGCAAUUUACAUGCCAUGGUGCCAGGUGUAGUUCAUAUGCAUAUCGAAACGCUGGAAGCUGUUUAUAGAGAAUCAAAACGCCAUGCACCUAUUCAAAAACAAAAGAUACAAAUUCCUUCAUUGUUAACGGGGGAAAAAAUUUUAACUGAGCCCUUACGAGCAUAUUUAGUGCCCGAUGGCCGUGAUUGUGAAGUUUCCACAUUUUUACCAGCUGAAGGGGCGUUAUUUUUGACUAAUUACCGUGUAAUAUUUCGUGGUUCUCCAUGUGAUCAAUUGGCAUGUGAACAAAGCAUUGUUCGUGCUUUUCCUAUUGCAUCCAUGACCAAAGAAAAGCGGGUUUCUGUAAUUGAUUUAUCGCCUCUUGAUCAAGUUUUGCCGGAGGGUUUGCAGAUGAGAUCUUGCACUUUUCAGUUACUUAAAAUAGCUUUCGAGACUGAAAUAACACCGGAAACAAUAGAUUGUUUUCGAAAACUUUUAAACAAAACUAGAAACCCACCAAAUGAAUUCGGUCAUUUUGCUUUUUCAUCUUGUAAAAUAAUAUCUCAUACACCUCAUCACAAAGUUAAAGAAAAAAAUGCUACUUUAAAAGGAUUUGCUAAAAGAACUUUGUUAAGAACUGCUAAAAAAGCAGGAUUCAAGCAAAAAUCAAAUACUAAAAGGAAAUAUGUUUUACCAGAACUUGAGUUUGAUGAAUUCAAUGACGUAGACGAAGAUGAUGAUGGAUCUGAUGACAAUAAUGAAAUAAUACCUCGUGUAACAAUGAAAGAUGUAGAAAAACUGAAACAACGUAGCUAUGUGAAAGACUGGGAAAGAUUAGGAUUUGCAGAGCCACAAUCAGGUUAUAGAAUAUCGGCGAUCAAUUGUAAUUAUAGUUUAUGUCGAAGUUAUCCAGCAAUAAUUAUUUCACCUAAUUCAAUUUCUGAUGAACAAUUAAGAAAUUUAGCACGUUGUUAUAAAAAUCAAAGGAUUCCAUUAGCCAGCUGGAGACAUAGAAAUGGGGCUGUAUUAUUUCGCGGAGCUAUACCUCACAGUAAAUCAGUUAUUGGAAUGCUUAAAAGCCAUCCUCACCCUGCCAACCCUUCAAAUGAUACAACAGGAUAUCAUGAACAGGAUCGGUAUUUUAAAGCUGUGAUCGACAAUAUGCCAAAUACAAUGACAUUAAGACACCCUUUUGGGUUAUCCGAUUCGAAUAUAUCACUUAAUUCUUUACUUUUGGCUGCUGACGAUAGGCAUAUAAAUUCAACGGGGAAUAGAUCCGAAAUAACAACGAUUUUGACCCCUGAUGUGAUUCGAAAAAUGAAUACGAACCGGAAUACAUUUCAAACUGUUCGUUCUUUUUCAAACCUUGGUUUAGAAAGCGGAAAUCGUGCCGUUGUGACGAGUAAUAAUAAAAGAGAUUCAUUAAAACCAACAAGCUAUAUUAAGAAUGACGAUUCACUAUAUCAGCAGAAGCAUUUAGUAUUUUGUCGUGUUCCUUUAUAUGUAAUAGGUGAAAAAAGCCAAUCAAAAUCUGCACGCCUGUCAGAAAUGUGCGCAGAUUUUGUUCCAGUGGAUUAUACUGAUAUAAGACAUUCAAGAAUCGCUUUUAAAAAAUUGAUGAGAGCAUGCUUACCAUCCUCCGCAUCGAAUGAACCGGAUCAAAGUUUUGCCAAAUUGCUAGAACAAUCGGAGUGGUUACAACAAAUAAGAGGACUAUUACAACUAUCUGGAGCUAUGGUCGAUUUGAUUGAUAUACAAGGUUCCAGCGUAACUUUAGGUCUUGAAGAUGGUUGGGACGUGACUGCUCAAAUAUCAUCUUUAGCACAAUUGUGCUUAGAUCCAUUUUACAGAACUAUAGAAGGUUUUCGCAUAUUAGUAGAAAAAGAAUGGUUAGCAUUUGGACACCGUUUUGCGAAUCGUAGUAAUUUGAAAUCAAACUCCAGUUCUAGUUCUCCUUUCGCUCCAACAUUUCUACAGUUUUUGGAUUGCGUGUUUCAAAUCCAAAAUCAAUUUCCAUUAGAAUUUGAAUUCAAUGGUUUUUAUUUAAAAUUUCUUGCAUAUCAUUCAGUAUCCUGCCGCUUUAGAACGUUUUUAUUUGAUUGUGAAAUGGAAAGAUUUGAUUUGGGAAUAGCUUCUAUUGAAGAUAAAAAAGGUUUACUAAUGUCCAAGCAUGUUAUUGAAACCGGGACAGGUUCUGAUGACGAUAGUAUUUAUUCUGGAAGUCUAAAAACCUCCACUUUGAAUUCUCAUAAAAUUGGUCACUCGGUUUUUGAAUACAUUGAGAAAUAUAAUGCAAAAAAUCCAAUUUUUUUCAAUUUUAUGUAUACUCCUGAUCCAGACAAAACAGUUUUGAGGCCGCUGAGUUCCGUAGCGGUCCUGGAUUUAUGGAGUUAUUAUAUUGAAGAAGAGCUUGGCCAAGGUCCCCCAUAUGAUCCUGAACUGUUAUUAUCAGAUUUGGAUGAUGGAAAUGAUUCUUCUGAGAAGCCGUCUAAAAGGAAAAUAAUAACUGGAGGCUAUGAUAGUAUAGAAAAAUAUGAUACAAAUUCUUUUUCGAGAUUAUUAGACGAGUUAAAACAAGCAGAAGCUGAGAGAGGUUUACUUCCACAAAAAUGGCGCCAAGUUUGGGAUAAACUUGAACCACCACAUUCAAAUUAUUUGGUUCGCAAAAGUUCAUUUACCAGUGCUUUAGUUCGUUCACAUAGUCGAUUUUUACAUAAAAAAACAACUUUGGAAAUUUUGAUGCUAGGUAAGCUGUCUGGAAAUCAUCAGGAAACGUUUUCACAUCCUCAUCGUUUUGAAAAACACCCGUUUACAACACCAACUAACUGCAAUCACUGCGACAAAUUGCUUUGGGGACCAAUAGGAAUACGUUGUAUGGACUGUGGAAAUUCUUAUCACGAGAAAUGCGCAGAUUCCGUUCCCAAAAAUUGUACAAAGUAUAAAGCUGUUGAAAGAGUUACACCAUCUCUCUCUAGAUCACAAGGAGAUAACGGCAGUAUUGCUUCUAGUGCAACUACGGGGCAACAUUCUAGUCAACAAUUUUAUGAUCAGUUUUGUAGUAACGUAACUGAAAACAGAACGCACGAAGGGCAUUUGUACAAAAGAGGUGCAUUACUAAAAGGGUGGAAACAGCGUUGGUUUGUUUUGGACUGCAUGAAACACCAACUAAGAUAUUACGACGCCGUAGAAGACUCUAAUUGUAAAGGAUUUAUCGAUCUUGCGGAGGUACAGUUUGUUGGUCCUGCACUUCCCUCUGCAAUUGGCACGAAAAAAGUGGAUGAAAAGGCAUUUUUCGAUUUAAAAACAAAUCGUCGGACAUACAAUUUUUAUGCAUCGAGUGCACUAAUGGCUCAAGAGUGGAUCGAAAAAAUUCAAGGAGCUCUUCAAUAGGUUUUCAUCUUUUGAAAGUUGACGAUAUAAAUACUAUAGAUUUUAAGUUUUCUUUACAAUAUGUAUAAAUUUUUCUAUUACCAUACCUAGAGUAAAAUAUAAAUUAGUAAAUUUAUAAAAUGCAUAUUAUAUACACGCAUAUAUAUAUCAAUGUGAAUCACAUAAUGUAUUUUUGUACAUAACAUCUUUAUACUUAUAUUCAAUUUCUAUUACUUACUGUACAUAUUUUUCAUUUCUUAAGA